AUGUAUGACCAGUUAGAUGAAGCUUCUAGGACCACGACACGACAGAUUGGGGGGUACCUUACUUUAUUACAGUGCUGGAUCUAUGAGCAUUUUCCGAGUGUGCAUCAGUGCGUCACCGAUGAUGCGUAUGAGGAGACGUUCCCUCGUGCCUCCCGGUGGCUGACGAUGAAGGCUCAUAUGAAGGGAAUUAUAGGAGCGUUGUACCGGGCACAUUGUGAUGCUUUGACAGUCACAGACGUGUGCUGGUUGCCUUAUAGUGACCAUCGAGGGGUUAGGGGGUUUGAGCUGAUUUCAUCGUUCCAGGGUCAGCUAAAAUGGGGUCCUACGGCGGUCACAAUUCAACCAGAGAGGGCAAGUGACCAGCCCAGACAUGCACCUGCCCCAGACCAUGAGGACUACAUGCAGCCGGACAUCCCACAGGUUCCAGUGGCAUUUGACCCCCCUCGACGUGCAGUGGAUGAUUACAAAGGUUGUGAGGCGAUCGCAAAAAGGUUGGAGCGUGUGCUCAACCUUAGGAUGGUCACUGUAGGGACAGAGUUACAUGAUAUCAUGCAAGAUUGCCUGAGGAUCGCCAAGGGGUUGCCAGCGCAGAUGGAAGUGUUAGGGCUCGACAAAGACGACGCACAGAGCAUUGAUGAUGUUUUUUAUGUUUUGUAG